AUGUCUCUCCAACUUCGCUUCAUCAUACAGGUUAAUUGUCCAUAUCUUGAUGGACGACCAGGAACUCUGCCUGUUAUUUGGUCGUUGACGCUGUCUCGCUCCUUCCACAGCACAAGCCCUUACCUACCUCACCACCUCCUCUCGGCAACCCAGUCCAUGAACUCAGCAACUCUCUUCUUCGUCAUCAUCAUCUUGUUCUUGUUCAUCAACUUCACCAUCACCACCAUCAUCAGAACACGCAGCAGAUAUACCAAGCCCAAGCCAUCACCACCUCCCAUCAUGUCACAACCAAUAAAUCCAGAUACUCCGUCGCCAAAUGUUCCACCACCACCACCACCAAACCCAGACACCCCCACCUCCAGCACCUUUACAGGAGCCACCUUCGGCAUACGUCCAGACCACGUCGCAUGGAAAUGCCACAGAGGUUUCUUCUGCAAUAUCAUCAACCCCCUGACAGAUGCCCGGUGCGCCACAUGCAAGCAGGAACGAGCGUUUCCGGCCGACGCUCUCAACGCCAGCCACAAGCAGAUCGGUUGGCUGCAGUCUGUGGACCUGCACGGCAACGAGAAGUGGGUUUACUUUGAUCGUGAGACUCUGGAUCAGCUUCGUCAGGGAACCUUGCCCAAGAACUUUCUCAAUAGCAGCCCGCCUGUGUCUUGGAAGUCUGGUGGUAUCGAUGGAAUCAAUCCCGAGAAUAGUCGCCCUGUAUCUGAGGGUUCUGGUGAUGUCGUUGGAAUCCACCACGGGAAUAGUCCGCCCGUGUCGUCGGGGACCGGUGACGUCGGUGGAAUUAGUAGGGAGGGGAAAAGGAUGAGCACUGGUGUUGGAUUUGAAGUUAGUCGUAUGGAGAGGUGGGUUGCGAAUGUGGUAAAAAAGCAGGUGGAUGAUGAGGAUCUUGAGGAGCCGGACAAACAGCCGGAGGACGAAGGAGAUGCCAAGGGGAGCGCUGCGGGUGAUGGGAGUGGUAGCGAGAGGAAGAGUCAGUAG